AUUAUAAAGUUGUGUGUUAAAAUGAUCCAGAAAGAUCAAAAGGAUCAAUUUAAUCUUUUACAAUAAGUUUAGGGACAAUUCUAACCUUAUUCCUAUAAACUACAUAAUCCUCCAUGAGAGUUUGUAGUAUACCGGAAAUUCAAAAAAAAAAAAAAAGGAAAAAGUCAAAAAGUUGACAGUUUGUGGGUCCCGUUGUUAGAUGGCCGACAAAGCCAAGCCCAUGCCGCCUAUUAUUUUCUUGCAAGUAAAUUGUCCUUCCCACUUUAGGUUGCAACAACAACAGUCUUAUUAAGUUUAAACUUUAAACAUUGCUUCCUCUCUCUAAUCUACAUUAAUUAAUCACUCCUUUUGAACUUUAAUCAUUCCUCUUAAUUCAUUUUUUUUUAACCUUUUUAAUUUUGCUGGUAAAAGUUUUUUCUGCUCAGCUCAGCUUAAUUCCUCUUCUUAUGGAAAUUUUUAACUUCUAAAUCACAGUCGCAGAGCUACGAGAGUGAAGACAAUGGCUCUUGUCACUAAAGAUGCUGACUCCGCCUUUCUGGGUGCAGGAGCAAAACCAGGUUUGGAGAUCUGGUGCGUGGAGAAUCUACGGUUGGUUCCGGUCCCGAAAUCUCUGCAUGGGAAGUUUUAUUCUGGAAAUGCAUAUAUUGUUUUGAAUACUGUUUUGCUAAAAAAUGGACCUCCUCAGCAUGACAUUCAUUACUGGAUAGGAAACAAUGCUACUGAGCUGGAAUCAGUCUUGGCAUCAGAUAAAGCACUAGAAUUAGAUGCAGCUCUAGGGUCAUGUACGGUGCAGUAUAGGGAAGUACAGGGCCAAGAAACAGAGAAAUUCUUGUCACACUUCAAGCCUUGUAUUAUACCUGUUGAAGGAGUUUAUCUGUCACAGCCUGAGAAAUUAAAUGGCGAUUCGUACAGGGUCAAAUUGUUGAAAUGCAAGGGUGAUCAUGUUGUUUCUGUGAAAGAAGUGCCUUUUUCUCGGUCAUCCUUGAAUCACAAUGAUGUAUUCGUACUCGACACUGCAUCAAAAAUUUUCCUAUUUUGUGGGUGCAACUCUAGCAUACAAGAAAGAGCUAAAGCUUUGGAGGUCGUUCAAUAUAUCAAGGAGAACAAACAUGGGGGAAAAUGUGAUGUCGUGACUAUAGAGGAUGGAAAAUUUGUUGGUGAUUCUGAUGUUGGUGAAUUCUGGAGUUUGUUUGGCGGUUAUGCUCCCAUACCAAAGGACUCGCCUUCUGGUGUUGUGAAAGACACUGAAACUCCAUCUGUACAACUAUUCUGGAUAACAACACAGGGAAAACUAUGUCCAAAAGAAGGCAAUUCAUUGAACAAAGAAAUGCUCGAUUCAAACAAAUGCUAUAUGCUGGAUUGCGGUGCGGAGACUUUUGUAUGGAUGGGUAGAAAUACUUCAAUUACAGAACGGAAGACAUCAAUAUCUGUUAUUGAAGAUUUUCUGAGAAAUGAAGGCAGGUCCACUGAAACCUAUUUAACUUUUCUAACUGAAGGAUUAGAAACUCCCAUAUUUAGAUCAUACUUUGAGAGUUGGCCACAAAUGGAGCCCAAGUUAUAUGAAGAAGGCCGGGGAAAAGUGGCAGCAAUGUUUAAGCAACAAGGUUUUGAUGUGAAGGAGCUACCUGAUGAUGAAGUCUUCCAGCCCUACAUAAAUUGCCAAGGCAAACUAAAAGUUUGGUGGGUGAAUGGUGAUGAAUUGAUCCUUCUUCCAGUUCAAAAGCAGAUAAAGCUUUUCAGUGGUGAUUGUUACGUUAUUCAAUAUACAUAUACUGGUGAUGAAAGGGAUGAAAAUCUACUUUAUGCAUGGCUUGGUCGUGAAAGCAUACAGGACGAUAGAGUUGAUGCCAUCUCCCAUAUAAAUGCUAUUGCAGACUCAACGAAGGGGGAUCCUGUUCUGGCUCAAGUUUUUGGGGAUAAGGAGCCACUUCAACUUUUCUUGAUUUUCCAGACAGUAAUCAUUUUCAAGGGAGGCUUAAGUAAGCGGUAUAAGAGGUUCAUAUCAGAAAAUGGUAUUUUGGAUGAAACUUAUGAUGAAGGAAAGACGGCUCUUUUUCGAGUUCAAGGGACAAGUCCAAAUAGCAUGCAAGCCAUCCAAGUUGAUCAAGUUUCAAGCUCUCUGAAUUCCUCGUAUUGUUACAUCCUGCAAACUGGAACGUCCACAUUUACUUGGAUAGGGAAUUUGUCAUCUACCAUCGACCGUGAUCUUCUUGAUAGAAUGCUGGAAUUGAUAAACCCAAUGUGGCAACCUAUAUCAGUAAGAGAAGGGAGUGAACCUGAUAUUUUCUGGGAGGAACUCGGUGGAAAAACAGAGUAUCCAAAGGGGAAGGCAAUAAAACAACACAUCGAAGAUCCAUAUUUGUUUGCAUUUAUGUUUACAGAUGAUGAUUUCAAGGUAAAAGAGAUAUAUAGCUUUACUCAGGAUGAUUUAACUACUGAGGAUGUCUUAAUCCUCAACUGCCAUGAAGAAAUAUAUGUUUGGAUUGGAGGCCAUUCAAAUGUUAAAUCCAAGCAGCAAGCCCUUAGGCUUGGCCAGAAAUUCCUCGAGACUGUUCAUCCGGUUGAAGGAUUAUCUUUGGAGACUCCAAUUUAUGUUGUUACAGAAGGGUGGGAACCGACGUUUUUCACCCGUUUCUUUGAAUGGGAUUCUUUGAAGGCAAAUAUGCAUGGAAACUCAUUUGAACGAAAGCUUGCCCUUCUGAAAGGAAAGAAGCAAAAUCUUGAGGUUCCUAUUCGAAACUCACGGAAAGUAUCCUCUAGGGAAGCUACUCCAGAUGAUUUGAGAAGCAAUUAUGUCCGUACAAAUGGAAGGGGAAGUAGUUUACCUCCUGCAUCCAGUGUAUCAGGCUCAAAUUCUAAGUCCUCAUACAACCACCUCGUUUCCAGCCCUGCUCCAAUUGCUAGGAAGCUCUUUUUAACAUCUCCUUCUCAAGCAAGUUCUGGUUCUCCAACAGCAGAGGCAAGAUCUCCUGGCAAUGUGAAUUUAGUUCAGGUGGAUGGUAGCAACGGUAGUGUAAACACAUUAAUCUAUCCAUAUAUGCGACUGAAAGUAGAUUCAAGUGAUCCUGCGACAGACAUAGAUGUAUCGAAAAGAGAGGCUUACUUAAGUGACGAAGAGUUUCAAGAGAAGUUCCAAAUGACGCGAGGGGCCUUUUAUAAGCUUGCAAAAUGGCGACAGAACAAGCUCAAGUUGUCACUGAAUCUUUUUUAAGCAACUAUAACUGGAUGGCGGACGAAGAUAUAUUUCAGCUGUCCCAUCAGGCAAUUUACUAGCCCAGCAAUGGUUUUAGCAAGGACCUGUUAUUGGCAUUUUUCUUUUUUGCUAAGAAAUUGUAGAUUAGACUGUGGUUAGACAUUGAUGGAUCAUGCUUCUGUUUAUGCAGAGCCAGAAUUAGUAUUUUCUGCGUGCUCAACAAAGCUUCUCCAUGUAGAAUAUUUUGUCUAAGAUUGUUUUUCAAACAACAUGCAGAAGUAGAAUACGCAUUUGAACUCUUCUCUUGAGUGCAAAAGUAUGUAAACUAAUAUUUUUCAACCAUUUCCCACAUGAGGUUGACGAUUCAUUCAGAGGAAUUUUGGCUGGUUGUAAAUGGUUGGUUUGUACGAAAAGUUGGAAGAAGUAAAGAAUAGCCGGCCAAGGAAAUUGAUUAUGGGUUUGAAACUCUGAAGCUGAGGUGGGCCUGGUGCCCCUUUCUUUGGUGCCUAGUGUCUCUAACAGUGACUAUUCAAUUAUUCAAAGUUGUAUCUGUGUGUAUUAAUAUCAAGAAAGAGAAGGAUUCCUUCUUGCAGGGUCCUACAGUACUAUCA